GCAGUCGCGCGGAAGAGGUGGUGCUGGUAUAAAAGACUCGCAACGCUCCUCCAAGGUAUAUUCCACUUCAGGAUUUCAUUCAUCAUGGUUGCUAAGAUCGCUUUCACCGUCCUCGCCCUGGCCGCCGCCGUGUGCGCCGAGCCCGGUGCGCCCCUCGUGGCCGCCGUCCCCGCCUACGUGAAGGCCGUGGACUACCACGCCCGCCCUCACUACUCCUUCAACUACGGAGUGAACGACCCCCACACCGGCGACCACAAGAGCCAGUCUGAGACCCGCGACGGCGACUACGUCAAGGGCCAGUACUCUCUGCUCGAGGCCGACGGCACCACCCGCACCGUCGACUACACCGCCGACCCCCACCACGGAUUCAACGCCGUCGUCACCAAGUCCGGACACGCCGUCCACCCCGCCCCCGUCAAGGCAUACGCCGCCCCCGUCGUCCACGCUGCCCCCGUGGCCUACGCCGCUCCCGCCGUCGUCAAGACCGUCGCCCCCGUCGUGCACGCCGCUCCCGCCGUUGCCUACAAGGCUCCCCUCGCCUACGCCCACGCCGCUCCCGUGGCCUACGCUGGUGCCUACGCCGCUCCCCUCGCCUACAAGGCCGCUCCUGCCCUGGCCUUCGCCCACGCUGCCCCCCUCGCCCACGCCGCUCCCCUCGCUCACGGCUACGGCUACCACUACUAAUUCUGCUCUUUCUUUCGCCCUUUUGUGAAAGUCUGAAAGCACGAUCACCUUGAUUUCCUGCGAUUCUCAAUUUCGUGCAGGAUUUUAUCCCUCUCAUUGUCAUU